AUGGCUGUGCCUAGCAAAGAUGAGAGGUGGGGUCUGGGCAUCCCUAAUCCCUUCCCUGUUGCAGGCCUGCCCGGGGAAUCGCCGCUGGUGCGAGUGCUGGAGGACGAAUCCCGGAGCCGCCUGGGCCGCUUCAACCAGAAGGACGUCUCCAUGGUCUUCAGCAGCGUGAUGAGGCUCCACCCGUCCAGCCCCCAUCCCCUGGUCGAGUCCUGCCUCAGCAGUUUGGAGCGGCACCUGGAGAAGGAGCGCCAUCCCCAGACCCUUUUCCUGCUUCUCUCCUACUACCGGCUGCGGGCACAGGCGCUGCAGGGACACCCAGCCUCCGACCAGCAGCUGAUCAACAACCGCAAGAUCCUGCGCCUCGUCAGGCACACGCUGGGGCAAGUGAGUGCCAUGCGGGAGCAUGAGCUGGCCCUCUUGGACGAGAUGCUGGCUCUGUGCGCCCAGGAGGCGAACAACAAGGCCCUGGAGGCCAUCUUCAGCUCUCAGCUCUUCUACGAGAACCGCCAAGAGCGAUUCAUCCGCAGUAUGGCAGAGUGGCUCCCCAGGAAGGCAGAGAACCUUACACCCUACACCAUGGCCCUCAUUGCCAAGUACGUGGCCCGGCACCGGCUGCGUGAGCCACGGCUGCUCGAUACUAUUGCAAACUUUCUCCUGAAGCGUGGGGAGCAACUUGACAGCAAGGUGAUCCAGAAGCUGGUGUUUCCCUUCAGCCGCAUGAAUUACCGCCCAUCCAACCACAGCGAGCUCUUCCCCAAGCUGGAGGCCAUCCUGGAGCAGAAAGCUGGCAGCUCACCCCUGGCCACCGUCAACAUCCUCAUGUCCAUGUUUCAGCUUAGUCACUUCCCCCAGACCGUCCUGCACCAAGUCUUCUCCCCAGCCUUCAUCACCAAUGUUAGGAGCAGCCCCUACGCGCUGAUCGUGCGCCGCUACCUCUCGCUGCUGGACGCGGCGGUGGAGCUGGAGUUCCGCGAUUACAGCGGCCCGCGCCUCGACCCGCGCUACCGC